AACUUAUGUUAGGGUGAUGACAGGAUCUCUCAAGCGGCAUCCGUCGGAGGACCCAGAAGAAAGUCCUAAUGCUAAACGGCGUGAUUCUCCUGGGGCCGCAGAACCCCCCACCGCCGCUGCCCCUACAGAAGCAUCCCCUACCACUGAGAAGAAAGUGGAGAGGGUCCCUGAACCCCCUUCAUUUUUAUCACCGCCUACUAAAAUUGGGGGCGUCAGCAUCACAGAAAAAGUUGGUCUAUCAUCAGACAAGAGUAAAGUUAAUGGGAACAGCACUUCCAUUCUUAGUAGUGGUUUUUCGUUAGCAUCUGGAUCAUCAUUGUUUUCUCCAUCUAAUGGUUCGGGCAGUUUUGCGGGCAUUAGCAAAGGAACUAAUAUAUUCGCUGCUGCAUUGAGUAAUGCUAGCAGUGGGGGAAUAUUCGGGUCCUCCUCCUCUUCUAAAAGCAGUGGUUUCGUGUUUGGAGGUAACAUGUCAGACAGAGUUAUAGCCUCAGCUGUGAAAGAGGGCCCUGUAAAGGAGGGCGAGAAAGCAGCACAGGAGACAUUUAAGACACCAGAUAAACCUGAGAACUCAGAUGAAAAUAAGAAAGAGGAGGAAGAGUCGUCAGCAGAAAGCAGUUCUACAACCUUUGCAACCAGUUCUAAAACAUUUACAAGCAGUUCUAAAGCACCCGUUGAACCGAAGAAAGUCUCUCUUAAGGAACUAGAGGUGACAUCGGGAGAAGAAGACGAGAAGAGAAUAAUGCAGACAUCCUGUAAACUGUACCAGUUUUGUCCAAUAGGAAAGACUUGGAUCGACAGAGGGGGUGGCACUUUGAGACUGAACGAGAAGGAGCAAGACGGGGUCUCUACCAGUAGACUUGUUGUCCGGUCUAAAGCAGUCAUGAGGGUGAUGUUGAACACGAAGAUAUUUGCUGACAUGAUAGUAAAUCGAGCGAAUCUCACGACGAUUCGAAUCUCUGCUCUGGAUGAGGGAAGAAUGUCCUCAUACCUUCUCAAGUGUACGAGGAAUGAAUGCGACAAACUACACACAGCGCUGCUAAAGAAGCGAGAAGACGAACGUCACAAAGUUGGAGAAACUGUAUCGAAUGAUAAGAAUGAUAAGAAAACUUCGAUUUCUGAGCAAUCACAGCCGGAAACGAUCGCCGACCUUACCACUGCUGAAACUCAGCCUAAACAUAGCAAUCCCCAAACUACUUCCAACCCUGCUCAAUCAGAAGAAAAAACUCCCGACCCACAAGUUGUGUCCGACGAUAAAAAGUCUGAUCAACCGGUGGUGUCAGAGCCAGAGAAAGCUGCCAAUGGAGACGAGAAUCCUGCUGCCGAAUCAGAUAGCAAGAAGACGGUUAACGGAGCCAAAUCUCACGGAGAAGAUACUUCUGAAUCUGAGACACCUCCUAAAUGUGAUGAACCAGAGAAAACCGUCAGCUGAGGAGCUUCCUCCGGGUCACUCCCCGUCAUCUAAAUUGUUUUUCAACCAAUUAUAUUCUGCUAUUAUCCCGCAUAUUACUCACCACUCAUACUAGCUGCCAAUUCAUGAAUAAGUACUGAUAUUGAUAAGUUGAAUUCGAGGUAAAACCUAAGCUCAGAUUAUGUCCUAUUUAAUGGUGGUUUACGUUUAUUCAGGAGUUCAACCUCUUUAAUUAUACAUUUGCUGCUGUUUUGAUUGAAGAACGCUUUUAAAGACUUUGAUUCAAUGUUUUGAUAAAACGUGGAUGAUGAUUAAUCACUCUUCACUCGACUGUCACGUGACUUUUUUAACACGGUGCAGUGGCCCUGAAUGAUUAUUCGAAACCCUAACCCUCUAAUCUGAUCCUAACCCAAUACCUAAUUGAAGCAUAUGCUGAAACCCUAACCCUAAGGAGAAAUGAUACCAACUUCCUUAUUAUAUUAUGGUCAUAUCACGUAAUCAAGACAGUUUUCGCCGAUAUAUAGAAAAAUCUCGAAGAUCGAGUGUAGAGUGAUUUAGCACGCUCGAUAAAACGUUGUUGUGUACUUCGAGAAACUUAAUGUUGUCCAGUUCAGUCAAAUUCCCAAAAUUUAAGACUGUUUGAUUGCAGUAAUGGUAUCAAAUUAAUUGUUUACCCGUAAUGACUAUGGGUUGUUGUUGACUUAUCAGUCUUUUAAUGAGUUUACUAAAAUAGAGUUCAUGUUUAAACUUAAAACCCUCAAAUAGCAGCGGAGUGUUUUAGCUCCUUUUAAAUGGACAUUUACUAAUUUUUUGACUUAAUAUUUUGAUCUCGUGUCCAAGUUGUGAGGGCUGUUUUACCAGUUAAAUAUUUCGACGUAAUAUUUAUUAAUAAUACAUAAAAUUCAAAUACCAUGUGACUUUUUAAA